ACACUGGUUUUAUGUUUUGUUUGCGUGGGUGGAUGGGCGGGCGCAACCAUUUGUCACAACUGGUCGAAUAAUAUAUUAGUUGGAAAACAUAAAUUAGAAAUCACUAGAAAUGUGCAGCCAUUUUGCUGCUUGGCAUUGCAAUGUCGGACCGUCGUAAGCGUGGGUACAUGCCCGAAAUAACCAUCGAUUAUCAAGCAGUGCCGUUACACGCAUCCAAUGCAACGGAAAUUAUCAAUCGAAAUUCAAACUCAACGUCAACAACGUCAACGACUACGUCAUGCUGCAGGCGCCCCGCUGUAGCUGCGGCAGAGGGUGACGCUUUAUGCUAUGGUCAUGGCUAUAUUAUACCCGUACUAAUACUGUUUGUGCUUGUGUUAACUGUGCUCCUGUUGCCUUGGGAAACACGAAACGGCCAUAUGGACGAAACUACCCCCGUGGAAAAGCCAUUGCCUUGUCAAUUACAGCUGGUGGAGACGAUACCCAUUGGCCUGAACUAUACGCCCGAUAGUCCGAAGUUCUUGAGCACUUUCGAAGCAUGGCAGCUGCUGCUGAAUAAAGCAAAGGCAACAAUUGAUAUAGCUGCUCCGUAUUGGACAUUACGCGGAGUCGAUGUCAAUGAUAGCAGCACACAGCUGGGUGAGCAGCUGUUCCAGCGUUUGCUCUCGAAUGGAGAUCCCGGCAAGUCAAAAUUACGCAUACGCAUUGCUCUCAAUAAGAGUGUGGAAAGCUCUUGGCAUGCGGAUGCCCGAAUCUUUGCCAACUAUGGUGCCGCUAAGGUGGUAGCCGUUAAGCUGGCCAACGAAGGGGCCUUACACACAAAGAUGUGGAUUGUGGAUGGACAACAUUUCUAUUUGGGCAGUGCCAACAUGGACUGGCGGUCGCUGACACAGGUCAAGGAGCUGGGUGUGCUUGCCCAGAACUGUCCUCACUUGACACGCGAUUUGUCGAAGAUAUUCAAAUCCUACUGGCAACUGGGCAGCGAUGGAUCUGCAGGCAUACCCAAGCCGUGGCCCUGGUCCUAUCAUUCUCUCUACAAUCUGCGUCAACCUAUGCUUAUACGAAUCAAUAGUAACUAUACCAUGCGUGCCUAUAUAUCGAGUGCUCCGCCACCACUGACGGCUAGUGGACGUACCCAUGACUUGGAUGCCAUUCUCAACUGCAUAGAUACGGCAGCCGAAUUCGUGCAUAUUGCAGUCAUGGACUAUUAUCCGUUAAUUCUGGUUGGUGCCAAGCUGGAAUUUUGGCCACUCAUCGAUAACGCUCUGCGGAAAGCAGCCCUCGAGCGUGGAGUGGCCGUUAAGUUGUUGGUUUCCUGGUGGAAGCAUUCCGAUCCCAAUGAGGAUAACUAUCUGCGCUCGCUGCAGGAAUUGUCAACAUACAACCAUCAAGUAGAUAUACAAAUUCGCCGUUUUAUUGUGCCUUCGGAUGAACAACAGUUAAAGAUACCCUUUGCGCGUGUCAGUCAUAAUGCUUACAUGGUCACUGAGCGAGUGGCUUACAUUGGAACCUCCAACUGGUCGGGCGAGUACUUUACAUACACCGCUGGUGUGGGUCUUGUGCUGGCCGAAGUGGAUUUCGAGAAUGAAACGCAGCAUACGCUGCGCUCGGAUGUUGUGGAUGUCUUUGCCAGAGAUUGGCAUAGUCCGUAUGCGUUGCCACUGAAAUAUAACCUCCGUCUUUGAAUUUUUGAUGUAAUUUGAACAUAUUGCGCGCUCCCAUCCCGCCGUGCUGUCGUUUAACAACACUGCCACAGACAGCUGCUACUCCAUGU